UUAUCAAUGGACAGAAAUAAAAAUAGAGGAGAUACUGGUCUUAGUGGAAGAGCAGAUCGUGGAGUUGUGUGCCUCGGGGGAGAGAGAGUUUCUUUGUUGCCCGCUUCUUUUCUAGUAAUUGGUGGUUACUGCAGGUAUUUGGGAUUCCUUACGGGAAUCCUUCUGGAUCUUCGGCUUAAAGUUGAGGGUUUAUCAAUUUCUACCCAAUUAAAAGCGGAGAUGACAAGAAAGUACAGUACCAUGUCACUCAAAGAAAUACCUACUAAGUCUGCUGACGAGACAACCUCAUUGAAUACAAGGCAAGGAAGGAACAUAUUGGAGUCCAACAAGCCCACGGAUCUAUGCUUCCCAUUUUCAUACCUUGGUUGGGUCGUCGAAAAAUCCUUACACCUGAGGCCAGGAUAUUUUAGCAAGGAUCUUAUCUGUUAAAAAAAGAAAACCGAGAAAGCGAACUCCAUUCGAGAUGGGAGAUUAUUCGUCAUUGAGCCCAUGUCGCUUGGCCCAGGAUUCUGAUUUGCUCCUUCUUUUCCGCCUUCGGCCUUCUUCUCUUGCGGCUCAGCCAUUCCCAAAGCUGCCGUUCUUCAUCAUUUCCGAGUUCCGUCACUGCUAUCAGUCACUCGGCGUGCCUUCCUUGUCUCCGGUGGCUGUUGGAUCACGUUUCUAGUAGGGUCUGCGUAAAACUUUCUUUUUUGUUUGAAAUCAGAUGCAUUAUUUUCUGAAUUCGUUGGGUUUCUUUGUUUCAUCUGCUAGUAUGUAUGCUGCUGGCAAGAAAUAGGAGCAAAAUAAUUGAAAAAUGGCUAGCUAUCUGUGGAGAAAAUUUGCAGAUUAUCGUUACACAAAAUGGGAAAGGACGCUCCUGUGGGACAUGGUGGAGCCCUAUAGAAGACCAAAAUCCUUUACACCUUUGGUCACCAUCUAUGUCGCAGCUUUUUACACUGGGGUCAUUGGUGCUGCUAUCACUGAGCAACUCUACAAGGAGAAGUACUGGGAAGAUCACCCUGGUGAAGCUGUGCCUCUAAUGAAACCAACAUUCUACAAGGGACCUUGGAGGGUGAUUAGAGGAGAAGCCUUGCCGCCUGAUAAUUUGGAUUAGAGGUAGGAAAGUAAAGAAAAUGAUUCAUCGGUUAGCAAAAUUGAAAAAAUGUUGGACAAUUUGGAGGGAUAUUUUGAUGCUAUUGGAUUCGAGAUGGACAAAAUAGUACAGUACUUAAAUUGUAGCAAAGAGAAUGACAAAGAAAGAUCAGUUGAAGAAAAUGAAUCUCACACAACCAGAGAUGUUCAAAGCUAUUGAUGCAAUAUCAAGUAAUGGAAGAAGGUCCACACUUUCUUUGUUCUUGGUGAGAUGGACAGACUGCCGACUGUUGCUUGAUCUAAAUGUUGAAUAGAUAAUAAUUUAACGUUAACUGUAGUAGAAUUGAACUAUAUUUUGGAUUGCGGUAAAUGAAUUUUCUAUUUUAAUACA